AUGACACAACUGUCCUAUGUUACUCUCAACGAGACUUUUACUCCGAAAGGUGCCACGGCAGAGCAAACAGAGACUCUCAAUCUGACUGUUUUUCAAUUAGAAAGUCAAGAUGGGUGCUACGUAACCAUCAGGGGAAUCACAACUGAGGGGUACUACUUGUCGUCUUGGGCGAAAUUAGGAGGAGGGUGGUGGUCUGGUCCGCCUUACUACAACAGUUCAAUUUCUUACCAGAACCUCAGCGACAGUUCUGGAACUUGUGGCGACCGCACAAUGUUCUUCAUCGACACUGGCAGCCAAUCACCUCAGCCAAAUCGAUUUCGUGCUCAUUUUUGUUCGACAGGAUUCUAUGCCGGUAUUGCUACUGCAACCGUGCAGCUUAAUAAAACCUCGACCGUUGUAACUUUAGAUGAAGAUGAAUACAGUCGCAAUGCGAAGCAGCUGAAUUCAGAAACAUACAGAACCUCUCAAUUGGUGGACGCUUUCAUCAGCCCGCAUUGGACUUCCUUGUUCAUACAGAGCGAGUUCGCUGGGCCUCUUUUAGCGUUGGCUUCUAGUCCGGAUUAUGAUAGUGAUCCAGUGAGCAUGAUCAACAGUACCAGUCUGAUGGAUCGAGCUUCCAAACUAUUUCAGCACUUUUUCGGAGAAAUGUUGCUGAUGACACUGCAACGAAAUUCACAGUUGAGUAUCGACCCUGCAAGUUCUCAAUUAGAAUCGAAGGCUGUCAUAGGCAAGAGCUCAAUCACAGAACGAAGAAUCGUGGCCAGUCUUGGGAUCGGGAUCACAAUAGGGUCGCUGUUCGUGAUUUCUGGCUUCUGCAUCGCUGUUGUUGCAUACAACAGUCGCGUUUGUCGAAGACCAUUGAAUUUGUUUCAGGAUCCGGGAACAAUCGCGGCCGCCGCCUCGACUGUGAUUGCGAAUGACAAGGCUCGAGCCAUAUUUGAGGAUUCAGAUCAAUUGUCGACAGAAGAAUUGAUCUUGAGAUUGAAAGCCUUCACUUUCUCCUUCAAAUAUGGCAACCUGAUCUUGGGAACCAGUGAUCGCAAAGUCAUACACGAUGGCGAGAUCCUUACACUCGGAGAUUCGCCCAGAGAGUCAUCAACUCUGACCCAAUCGGACCAGACCACCUCCACCAAAGUCAUCCCUGGACGUGAGGAUCCUAGACCAGCAGUUCUUCGGAGCUCCAUGGGUCUGUUACUUGUGACCAUCCUAGUUGCUCUGCUUGCAUCGCUCAUUGUACUGUAUAGCAUGUCUCGCACUGGUGGCAUCUACCAAUCAGCUUUUGUAUAUCAGCUGAACUUGCCUGUCGGCACGUUCGCGCCAUAUUCGAUUCUUACAACUCUGCUUGCGAUUCUGGUAAAGUUGUGGUUCGGAGCAGUUAGUGAUACCUUGAAGAGGCUUGAGCCGUAUGUUUCGGCGACAAAAGAACCCAUCACUCUUUCGAGAUCUGUGUUGGCUGAAUAUGUCAAUACACCGAUCGCAAUCGCUAUGUUCAAAGCAGUCAAACAUUCUCAUUGGACCCUUGCCCUUAUUGGACUUGGAGCCUUUGCCACUGAAGCCUGUAAGCAAAAUUCAACCUCAAGUGAAACCGCUUUACUGAUUUUAGACGUUUUAGUCACUGUGGGUAUGUCUGCACUAUGGGACCGAGAAACACGCAUCAUGGACCGUCCGCAUAAUAUCUCUAGGCAAUACGAAUUACGUUAUGUACCGAGGAUAUUUGAGCAAUCCACAUAUGCUCCAGAUGCACCACCAGAUCCCGAUCCUAAACGAACGACGCUUCUCCAAACCGUUUACCAAACGUCUUCACUUCAGAGCUGGCUGUACGGUGCCGCUCUUGAGAUUUCUCAGUCGGGCCCCACGCCCCCAUGGAGUAAAGAUACAUGGAGUUUUGUUCCUCUAGAUUUAGGAGAACUGCAUGCCCAGGUGCUAGAAGAUGUCCAUCUGAUCACCGCCGGACAAAACUUCAACAUGUCCGUCAAAACACCAGCAUUACGUGCAAGGCUCCAGUGUUCACCGCUAGACUAUUUGUCUGAUAAGUCGCUUUGGCUUGCAGAACUGGACUUCAGCAACCAGACCAGGUGGAACGAUACUAACAAACCCAAAGGAAUAGACCAUGGAUAUACCUUGAAGGGCUAUCAAGGUUUUGCUAACAUUGGUGGUGGAGGCGUGAUGCAAGUAGCCUGUUGCGCAAAUGAGACGAAGAGCGGGUUUGGAGAAGCAGCUGUUGGUUACUGGUCAAACCUCUUUCUGCCGGCAAUGGGCGCUACGGACUUUACCCCCAUAUAUGAGACAUCAACGACUGCGAAGUGGAUCGUCGGCCGUCCUUUGAGUAACCUCUACGUUCCCACUGCGGGCGAUGCUACCUAUUAUGUCUGGAUCGACGAACCGAAGUUUGCAGGCAUCAAUUGUACGCCCAUAAUUGAGCAAGCUAACGCUCGUGUGACCAUAGAUGUAGGGACUGGCGUUGUGCAAAACUAUGAUAUACUUGACAUACCGCAGAACGCUUCAAAUGCUUGGUCAGAUACCUAUCUCGAGCACGACAUGUCCGUCGACUACACUGGCAACUUUACAAAUGUCAACUUCAUCGGCAUACAGAGCGUUGUGCACAACAUAACAGUCAGGUACGCGAAACUGAUCAAAUGGCUUCUCGAUGCUGACACUGGCAGUUACGGCAACAUCUUCUGGGAUGCGCUCAUGAAUUCUGGUCGUGUAAUGCAAGCACUCACUCCUGAUAGGCCAAUAUUCAUGGGGACCGAGGACCUUGAUGAUGACUUAUUCAGAUUCCGAACACGAGGACUGAACGCCGACUUCAUGUCUUAUUCGAUGUUACAGCUGGCGAACAACGAUAAAGAGGCUUUACUGGAUCUAGACACACUCAUCAAUCUGACCGACAAAACCCUUGGCACAUUUUUCAAGCAUUUUGUUUCAGAGAAUGUGACAAACACUUUUGGAGGUAAUGCAUACCAGAUGAUUGGAGAGAGACUACCUUGGAGCCUGGGAGUUGUGAGGGGCCAUAUUAUGAAGCUCCAGUGUUUAACGCGAGCCAAGAGAUGA